AUUUAGCGAACAACCACAACCCGUUUCCUUUCAUCCACCCAGGAUUACCACGCUUGACAGCCCCAGCCUUUUAUGAAAUAAAACCCUGCACGUCUUCCCGGCAAAAUCCGCGGUGGGAGACGCGCUGCUUUUUCCUCGAGAGACAAACCCGCCCACCGGCCGAGCUGAAGUCCCGCCUCCAGCGCCGCGCCAGGCUCUUGUGCCCGCCCCGCCUUCCUUUCUCCCGGCAAGGAGCCGCCGUUCUCUGUGCCAGCUCUCUGUCUGCAGCCGGUUUUGCCUGCCUUUUGAAAGGAAGCCUGAAGCUUGAGGGCGGCCGGGAGACGAAGUCCGAUGGCCGGGGAGGAAGGAGGGGAUUCGGGCUCGUCUGCUGCAGAGCCCAGUCCCGACACAGGGGCUGGUGCCGGUGCAGCUGGAGGAGAGGCCGGCGGUGGCAGCGGCUACGACACCAAGUGCAUUUUCUGCAGGAUCACUCACGGGGAGGAGCCGGGCACCGAACUGCUGCCUUGCGAGCAUGAAGACCUGGUGUGCUUCAGGGAUAUCAGACCUGGAGCGCCACAUCAUUACCUAGUGGUGCCAAAAAUACACUUUGGAAACUGCAAGACUUUGAAGAGUGAGCACAUCCCAUUAGUGGAAAGAAUGAUGACAGCUGGAAAGAGUAUCCUUCAGCGAAAUAAGUUUACUGAUUUGAAAGACAUAAGGAUGGGUUUUCAUUGGCCUCCGUUCUGCUCUAUAGCCCACUUGCAUCUUCAUGUCCUGGCUCCAGCCAGUCAGUUGGGAUUCUUGUCCCGAAUGGUAUACAGACUCAAUUCCUACUGGUUUAUCACAGCUGAGCAACUGAUGGAAAGACUGAAGGCUGAAAGUGCUACAAGCUGAAAAAGCACUUGCCUCUAGAUGACACUUUGUGACCAUUAAACAUAAUUGAAGACAAGUUUUGAAAAUGCUGCUAUACGAUGGUUGAACUAAUGGUUAGUGAGCAUUGCACCCUAAAAUUCUCAGGCAAAUAUCUGAAAUAAGAAACCCCCCAACCUUUAUCUGAGAUAAAGAAAACCUUUAGAGCAUUCAUUUCUACAAAUCAGAAAAUUAAGUGUCUAGUGUCUUCAAAAAGAUAAUUAUGAAUCCUGCAUAAGAAAGCAAUUUUAUAUAAAAAAGUUUUUUAAAAUGUGCAUCUGGAUUGUCUCAUUUUGUUUAAACAGUGCAGGGGUUUUGUGCCUAUGCAAUAUACAUGAGCAACUCUUGGCAUCACAGUGCUAACAGUAGUUACGAUGAUUAUUGGUGCUAAAUCACUUGGUCACUGAUGCAUUUACACGACUAAGUACAUCAAGAACAAUGACUCAGAACUGUGUGUGAGAGGGAUUAUACUGUUGAACCACAAUAUGAUUGUUUGAAUAUAGACUUUAUCAAGUUAAGUGCAUGUAUUUAAGAAUAGGAAAAGUAAAAAUUAUAGGACAGAUCGAAAGUAAAGUGAUGGUUUCUUUGAACUUAAGGCUGUAAAGUUGAACAUAUACAGACAGUUCAUGGGGCUUAUGCUAGGCCUGAACUUAGUCUCCUAAGUAUUGCUGUGGAAUGUAGAGGCAUUGUCAGAGACAUUAGGGUGGUUUUACACAGCAAGAAGCUAUCACUAUGCAAACAGAGCUUGGCAUCUAAACCUUAGGGAACAUCAAAAUGGCAAAAUUGGAGAUGAUUCAAGACUUAGUUUGAAAUUACAUUCCCCAGCACCUUUGCUGUUUAGUUAACUGUUGUCUUCACAGUGAUGUUAACCUUAUGCAGUGUUCAUACACCUUAAAUUCAUCAAUUUUUUCAAUAAAAAUAACUUGAAUGAGUAGUGAUUGCAAA